CUUCCCGCCCUGGACGAGAACGAACUGUAGGCAGCAUAGAGGGAUAAAAUAGCCAGAAGGAGGUUCUGGGCUGAGGUCAUUGGGAGCGGAUCUGGGGGACAAAACGAGUCACAGCCGACACAUCAGUUUCUCGAAUAUUUUCAGGUAAUUCAUCAGGAGAGCGGGGACCGAGCCAAUCGGAAGGCGAGCGACAAACCGAUAUUCCGUUUUCGAUUGUUCGAUUGACCGUUCUCGGCCUGGGCCACCCCAACCCUCCCUCAUACUUACCCUCAAUCCGGGUUACUGGCCGUGCGGUUUCUUUCAGUGCCCGCGCGGAUUUCCUCCAUUUCGAGAACGUCACUCACUUCGUCCCUCUCAUCUUCUCUCCUACCGUCCUCGUCGACCACAACGACGACGAGCAGGUCGUGCUCAACCCUCUAAAUCUUUCUACCUCUCUCCUUCCCAUCGCCAGCCUCACUCUCUCCUGUCGCAAUCCCCGGUCUUCCGGUCCUUUAUGAACAACUCAAACGAUCCCGUUUCACCGUCCCUAUUGCCAGCAAGAAUAUCACCUCGCUCAACCAGGUCCAGAGCGGGAUCCUCAGCCAAGUCGGAACUCAGGGAGCACAAUGAGUUAAACGAAUUCUGUCUGUUAGUUGCUGGUGAUCAUGGGGGUAAAUCAUCCUUUCUUCGCCUUCUCCUCGAGACCUCGACACUGGCCGGCACGCAAGAGCUCGAGCAACAGAAUCAGAAGUCGCACAUGAGAAACUUCAUUCAAGGUUGUGCGAGCCGUACAACGGCAAUACGUUAUACGACGCUCGAUGUGCUCGUUCCCCCAACCUCAUCACCCAGAACAUCACCCAAAUCCAGCCCAAAAUCAGAGGUACAACAGGUGGACCAAAAAAAGAACGCAGAUAACCAAGUACCUCUGACUUUCACCCUCAUCGAUACUCCUUCUAUCAAUCCCCCUUCUCCUUCGGCGCCAAUCUCAUCUUCAGCGUCCAUCCCCGACGAUUUACUCCGCCUAGUUGAAUCUAGGCUAGCGGAGGCGGUUGACACGUCCUCGCGUACCGGCCUCAUGCACCUUUGCAUAUAUUUUCUCGAUCCUGUUCACGCCUAUUCACUUCCUCGACACCAUAUCGACACUAUUUGUAGACUAUCUGCACGCGUCAACGUUCUUCCCGUUAUCGCAAAAGCUGAUAGGUUGACGGACCAACAACUGCGUGUAAUGAAGGAGGUGGUCAGGAGGGAUCUGGCCGACGCAGGCAUCGGGUUCGGAAUAUUCGAUCAGGAGCCUGCUACCAAUAAGGGCACAGAAGCUGAGCUGCAACUCAACGGAAAAUUUGAACAAAAAGAUUCACCUGAGCCGACAUCCAAAAUCCCGAGUCUUCCCUUCGCGCUUAUCUCACCGGAUUGUUAUGAUAUCUUGAAUUCUCUCCCCCCCUCUGUUACUUCUUCCCCUCCUUUGCCUGGUUCCCCUCGUAAUCGGCCUUCUUCUCCGAACCAGGAUGCUGCUCCCUCCGGAACGUCAAACCCGAGCUUCCCAUCUCGCUUUACGCGCGCCUACAGGUGGGGUUCCAUUGAUGUGCUCAAUCCUGACCACAGUGAUUUUCUUGUUCUUAAACAAGCUGUCUUCCAUCAUAUGCACACGCUACGCCAGUACACCAAGGACUAUUUGCUCGAAAAGUUCAAGACGGACUACCUCGGUGUCUAUCGGUAUCCGCCUCACCCACAUAGUAGAGAAGCUCCUUCUCACUCUCACCAUCCACGCGAUCUUCAUCUAUCAUCUACAUCAUCGCCAUAUGCGCAUAACUUACAACAUGGCUAUAUUCCUCCGCAUCCCUCACAGCAAGACCAACAUUCUUACUCACAUUCACGUUCGAGCAGUGGGAGUGCAAGGCCUGUGUUGGCUAUCGAUACAGGUAGCAGCGGCUCUACCCCGAUGCAUAGACUCGUUCACGAACACGCUGUCUCAACAUCUGCCUCGUCGCGAACCACCUCUUCGCGACAGCCGCAUCAUUUGCCUGCUCCUUCUCAGCCCGUACCUGAACCUACUCCGUCCGGUAGAGGUGUCAGUAAAAAGGAUGUCGCGGAAGGGGAGAAAGAGAAGACUAGACCCAAAAAGAUCACGGUUGCAUGUAACUUUUGCCGGUCGAGGAAGCUCAAAUGCGACGGAGUCAGACCGGCAUGUGUGCAGUGUUUGAAAAGGAGUAAUCCGUGUGAUUAUCAAACGCAGGGGAGAAGGAGAGGGGCAAAGGGUAAGCGAGAUAAAGUUGGUGCAAGCGAGAAAGAGGCAGGCAAGGAGAAAGAUAAGGAAGAGACCCGGCCAACUAACGCUAAUGGAUCAUCCUCUGGUUCAAUCAGAGGCUCUAGGAGGGGUAAAGUGAGUGGAAGCCGCGAAGACAGUGAAGAUGCGGACCAUGAUGGUGAUAAUGGUGACGGUGAAGGUAGCCGCACCGGGAGUCAAGACGCUGAGUGUGAGGACGAGGACGACGGCGAUGUUGAGAUGGCUGAUCCAGCGGGAAUGAGCCCGAGGUCUCCUGCCGUCAGAAGAAGUAGGGACGGGUCAUUGAAUGAGUAUCCUCCUCCCCACUUAUCUCAACCGCCGCAGUAUCAUCGUCCGUCUUCAAGUUCGAGUUCUAAUCACUUCGCUCAAUCACACCCCACUCUUCCAUCUAUCUCUGCUGAGUUUCCACCGCCUCAUACACACACGACGAGGAGCAGAGCACCAAGUAUAUCUAGCAUUACUGGACCUCCUGACAGGGAACAAAGAGAAAGAGGCGGGUAUGAGCUGCCACACAUAGCUACAUUAAGUCUACCCGACCCUACCGCGAGAUCUACCAGACACUCUCCACAUCUUACUCCCUCGCAACACGGACAUCACACUAGAUCCUCUUCAUCUUCCCAGCAUCACUUACAUCCCGGCGCUCAUCUGCCUCUACCUCAUGCCCAUCCACAGCAUACACGUUCACCACCACAUCACUUACCCCCUCCUCAUCUACCUUCUCCUCAUCCACAUCAAUCACAGCAACAUCAUUUGUCUGCAUCUUCCACACCAAGUUCUCAUAUAUCUCCCCACCAGUCCAGUUCAUCGGCGGCGAGUUCACAUCUUUCGCCGCAUCAUCAGCACCAUCGAUUACCCUCGCCCCAUCAACCGCCACAACAUACCUCACAAUUACACGCACACGCGACCUCCCGAAAACGAGCGGCUACUGCACCCUCUAAGAGCUCAGGUCCGAUAGAUGUGGGAACGAGUCUACCUCCUCCUGUUCCUGGGCCAGCCAGACCAAGUGAGGUAUCCAGGGGUAGAAGUUCUACGACAAGUGGUCUUUCCGACCAGGGAGCACUAGUAGCCGGAAGUGGGAAUAACGCACCGUCAGGGGAGUCAUUAGGUGUGGGCGGUUCUGCUGUAAAUGUGGGUACUAUCGGGAGUGUCACGGCCGGCAUGAUACGAGCUACGGGACGGUUAACAAACACGAGUGGACCCAAAAUCGUUGCUUGUAAUUUUUGUAGAGCCCGCAAAACAAAAUGCGACGGUGCCCAUCCUAGUUGCGGAUCUUGUGCGAGGAGGAAUCUACCGUGCAAUUAUGUACACGAGAGGGGUGGGAGACGUGGUGGAGGUGCUGCCGCCGUCGCUGCGGCUUCUUCUGCUCAGGCUCAGGCCUCAUUGAACACAGGGCCGGGUGUGAGUACAGGUGGCGGAGGUGAUAAAAAGCCACCCAGUCGAGGGAAUAAAAGGAUGUCAGAUGCAGAGGAAGAGGGCGGCAGUGGUAGAAAGCGGAUGAGGGUCAGUGAUGGUUAAACGCGGAACGUUGAGGAAACGCAAACAAAUCGUAGACGCAGACUCGGCUGAAAGUUUCUUUUUUCCUUUUUCCUCUUUCUUUUCCUAUCUAGAAUCGGUUUCAGUCUUUCCUGGCUGCCCCUCAUAUACCCUCCCUGUGUUUCCAUACAUUUGUUCUGUUGUUUUUUUUUUGGGCUAAACUCGACUUGGGAUAGAAACGGUGUCGACUGUUGUUCUUUUUCUCCUAACCUAUUUAUUGAUUAUGUUUGCUUUGUGUUUCUCAGCUGGUCUCUCACCUUUUGUCUUUCUCCUCCUUCGAGUUGAAUUUCAUAUCGUCCAUAUGUGUUAACGUAUUAAAGAUCUUACAUGUAAUUGUACCUCUACAAUCUGUCUUUCGCUACUGUUACUUACUUACCUGAUAUCGAACUGUCAUUAACGACAUACUCGAACGAA